AUGCAAGCACGCAAGCAAAUAAUUGCAUCAACGCAGCGCAUUGCUGCUAGUGCCCGGACCCGACCCGUCCAACCACUUACACGGGUGUUAGCUACCCAACCUUUGAGACCGACUUCUCUACGAUUGAUUCCAAGUCUUGCUAUCAGAUCAUAUGCCAAUGGCCGUCCACACCCUCCUGGUGGCACUCACCGGAUGAACAUGGGUGGCGAAGAAGAGAAGCCUGCUCUGGAACAAUUUGGUAUCGACUUGACUGCCCGAGCCAAGGAUGGAAAGCUGGAUCCAGUUAUUGGAAGAGACGCAGAGAUUCAGCGAACCAUUCAAAUCUUGUCAAGGCGAACCAAGAAUAAUCCUGUCCUGAUCGGUAACGCGGGUACUGGAAAGACAGCAAUUCUUGAGGGUCUUGCCCUCCGUAUUGUCCGAGGUGACGUCCCUGAGAGCAUCAAGAACAAGAGGGUCAUCAGCCUCGAUCUUGGCUCUCUCAUUGCCGGCGCUAAGUUCAGAGGAGACUUUGAAGAGAGGUUAAAGAAGGUCUUGACAGAGGUGGAACAAGCCCAGGGAGAAGUUAUCCUUUUUAUUGAUGAAUUGCACACACUCCUCGGACUUGGGAAGGCUGAAGGCUCGAUUGAUGCAUCAAAUCUCCUGAAGCCUGCUUUGGCCCGUGGCGAACUCCAAUGCUGUGGUGCAACAACUCUCAACGAAUAUCGUCAAAUCGAGAAGGACGUUGCCCUGGCUCGACGAUUCCAACCUAUCAUUGUUAGCGAGCCCUCUGUGGAGGAUACUAUCAGUAUUCUCCGAGGUAUCAAAGACAAAUACGAAGUUCACCAUGGUGUCCGCAUUACAGAUGGCGCUUUGGUUGCUGCUGCCACAUUGUCCAACCGCUACAUCACCGAUCGAUUUUUACCAGACAAGGCUAUUGAUCUCAUGGAUGAAGCAGCCAGUCAUCUCAAACUGCAGCAUGAGUCCAAGCCCGAAGAUAUAAUGCGCCUUGAUCACAAGAUCAUGACGAUCCAGAUUGAACUUGAGAGUUUGAGGAAGGAGUCAGAUAUCGCGAGCAAGGAGAGGCGUGAGAAACUUGAAAGUGACCUCAAGAAGCUCAACGAGGAAAUAUCUGAGCUCAAUGCGCGCUGGGAGAAGGAGCGCGCUGGGAUCGAAUCAGUCAAGAAGAUCCAAGAAGACCUGGACAAAGCUAAAUUUGAGCUUGAGCAGGCACAGAGAGAAGGGAACUUCGGCCGUGCCUCUGAGCUCAGGUUUGGUGUUAUUCCCAACCUCGAGAAGAAGUUGCCCAAGGAAGGAGAGGCUAAAGAAGCAAAGCCCAGCGAUACUCUGAUCCACGACUCUGUCAGCCCCGACGAUAUCGCCAAUGUCGUCUCCCGCAUCACAGGCAUCCCUGUUUCGAAGCUGACUUCCGGACACAUAGAGAAAUUGGUUCAUAUGGAAGAUUCCCUCCGCGAAGCAGUCAAGGGCCAAGAUGAAGCCAUCAAGGCAGUUUCCAAUGCCGUCCGUCUCCAACGAGCUGGCUUGAGUGGCGAGAACAAGCCACUGGCUUCCUUCUUCUUCUUGGGCCCUACUGGUGUCGGUAAGACAGAGCUGUGCAAGAAAUUGGCAGGUUUUCUGUUCUCGACCGAAUCUGCUGUUGUUCGCUUUGACAUGUCAGAAUUCCAAGAAAAACACACCAUUUCUCGACUUAUCGGUGCACCGUCCGGUUACGUCGGCUAUGAGGACGCUGGUCAACUGACCGAAGCUGUCCGCCGUAAGCCAUAUGCUGUGCUACUCUUUGACGAGUUUGAAAAGGCACACCGGGAUAUCUCCGCUCUCCUCCUCCAGGUCCUCGAUGAGGGCUACCUCACCGAUGCCCAAGGCCACAAGGUUGAUUUCAAGAACACCAUCAUCGUUCUGACGUCGAACUUGGGUGCUGAUAUACUUGUUGGCCAAAACCACCUUCACCCUUACAGUGAGACACCCGAUGGCGAGAUCGACCCAUCAGUCCGCAAAGCUGUCAUGGAUGUUGUCGCCUCGGCUUACCCACCCGAAUUCCUUAACCGAAUCGACUCUUUCAUUGUCUUCAAGCGUCUCGCCCGCAGCGCCAUCCGUGAUAUUGUCGACAUUCGCCUUAAGGAGCUCCAGCAGCGUCUUGACGACCGCCGCAUUACCCUUUCGGUUCCCGAUAGUGUCAGAGACUGGCUUGCGGAGCGUGGCUACGACCCCAAGUUCGGUGCUCGCCCCCUGAAUCGACUCAUUACCAACGAGAUUGGCAACAGCCUCGCUGACCAGAUCAUCAGAGGGCAGCUGAAAAUGGGCGAGACUGCUGAGGUUAAGAUUCGUGACGACAAGGAGGGCUUGGAUAUCAUCGUCAAGCCUGAGGAUGCUUGA